AUGGGAAAAUCAAAUCUAGACCUGGUCAGCGAAUGUGACAACUUCCCCUACUACGAGGACGACCGCAACGCAUACACAGAGAACCUGAACAACUACCAUGCAUUUAAAGUCUCAGGGUACAACUGCACGCUGGGAUACAUUCUCAACGAAGUCGUCGAGAAAUUCCCCUGGUCCGACAACUGCUGGACCAUCGACUCAGCCGCCCGCACCGUGACACUAGUGACACCCCCGGACGCCAACCCCGCAGUCCGCAGCAAGCUGGUCGCCGAGGACAUCGCCAAAGCAGUAAAGCAAGACAAGUUCGAAAUUUUGAAAGGCUGGCGCAACGAGAAAUACCCCGUCUACGGCCCCGGCGGCGAGUUUCUGCUCGAGAUGGAACGCGCCGCAUCCCCGCUCUUCGGCAUCGUCUCCUACGGCGCCCACCUCACAGGCUACGUGCACGACGUAACCGGUCUCAAGAUCUGGGUACCGCGCCGCGCGAAGAACAAGCAGACAUACCCGAGCUUGUUGGACAACACCGUCGCCGGUGGGAUGUGCACGGGCGAGAGACCGUUCGAGUGUAUUGUCCGUGAGGCGAUGGAGGAGGCGUCGCUGCCCGAGUCUGUCGUGCGCGCUGCGACGGUGUCUAGAGGCUGUGUUACGUACUCGCAUGUGCGGGAUGCGCGGGCCGGCGGGGAGACGGGUCUUAUCCAGCCGGAGGUUGAAUAUGUCUAUGACUUGCAGCUUGAUCCUGGGGUUAUUCCGAAGCCUGGGGAUAAUGAGGUUGAGGAGUUCAAGUUGUUGUCCAUUCCGGAGGUGCAGCAGGCGCUUGCGCGGGGAGAGUUCAAGCCCAACUGUGCGAAUAUUAUGAUUGAUUUCUUUGUGAGGCAUGGGCUUUUGACACCGGAAAAUGAGCCGGACUUCUUGCAGAUUGUGGCCAGGUUGCAUCGUCGUUUGGAAUACCCGACUGCUUCGCAUUGUGCGAGGUAG